CCACUUGGUCACACCCAUCGUAGCUGCUAAUGGAGGGUCGACGGGUGGGGUUUCUCCUGUGGCAGAACUUCACCAAAUGUUGGCCAUUCGAAAUGUUGCUGUACACCAAGGAACUCGUGGCCCCGCGUCCAAAAGGCGGCCAAGGUCUGCUCCGUUUCAAGCAGAAUUUGCUGAAGAAGAAGGUGCUGAAUCGUCUGACUGAUUCACUUGCCCACUCCACAAUCCACGGAAUGCAGAAUGUGUUCACAGAGAGGCAUUUCUGGGUGCGCUGCAUGUGGCUGUGCAUCGUAGUGGGGGCGGCCGUCACCUGCUUCAGCCUGUACUCCGUACUGAUGCAUCGCCACAGCGAACAGCUGCUGGUCAGCCUGAUAGACACCACUCAGAUGCCAGUAUACCACAUCGACUUCCCGGCGGUGGCGAUCUGUCCGUGGAAUCAUGUCAACUGGUUACGUACUCCAGCUGCCGUCCUGCGAUUCUUGCCCCGUCAUCCUGAUGCCGAGCUAAUGGAAACAUUCCGCCAGUUUCUCCUUGUCCUGGAGCAGACGACGUUUGUGAACUUCAACAAAGCGCAUAACUUGUCCAAGCGCAAUCUUACUGCGCUGGAAUCGUUGAAUGUGAGAACGGUGAUAAACUAUUUGUCCCAUCGCUGCGACGAACUAUUCGUCCCGGACUCCUGUGUCUUCGAUGAGACGCCGUACGACUGCUGCAAGCUCUUUGUGUCGGAGCAAACCGAGAAGGGGCAGUGUCUGGUCUUCAACUCGCUCAUCUCUGAACACUCGCGCAAGAAGCAGCUCACCAACAAGUUUUACCCGUACAAACUGAGCACUGCUGGCGAAGAGUCGGGUCUGAAGUUCACUAUUAACCUGAAUGAAUCCUAUCUUAGAGCUGGCACAAAACUCCCCUAUGGAAUGAGUCUCAUGAUCAAGGAGCCCCGUCAGUGGUCAAACAACAUGGUUUAUCACCUCCAUCCGGAAACUGAGAACUUUGUGGCAGUGCAUCCAAUGGUCACCGAGACGUCUCCGAACACAUACGAGAUGAGUCCCGAGAAGCGACGGUGCUACUUUGAUAACGAGAAAAACCCUCAUUACCAGGACACGACAUUGGUCUACAAUCGGGAAAACUGCAUUGUUGUGUGCCUUCACCAGGUAGUGAUAAAAGCCUGCAACUGCUCGACACCAGUUUUCCUACCACCCAUAGGUAGGGUUCUGUUCAUGUACUUCUUUCUCAGACUUCUCAGCUCUCAUCCUGCAGUUACAGAGGGCAUUCGUGAGUGCGGAAUCUUGGACGCGAAAUGCCUCAGUCUCAAUGCCGAUAUCUUCAGCUAUGUAAAGGUGGGCGACCAGGAGAAGUACAUAAACGACUGGCGACGCGGUCACACAUGUCAUUGCCCCGACAAUUGCAGCUCCCGAAAAUACCAAAUGACGGUCAACGUCCGGAAAUUGGAUUACGAUAAAAACCAGACCAACAGAGUAAUUAAGGCACAGAUAUAUUACGGCCAGCGAGUGAUGACCAAAAUCGUGACCAAACUCAAGUACACAAGUCUCGAUUUGAUGGCCCACUUUGGGGGUAUCAUAAGUCUUUAUAUUGGCGCCUCUGCAAUAAGUUUCGUCGAGCUCUUCGUCGUGCUGGGAAAGCUGCUGUGGACACUUAUCAGAGAGGGAUACUCUAAGGCAAAAGAGUGGAUUAUUUAACUGAUACUGAUACGAU